AUGGAAGCUCUUCAGGAGGAGCCUCUGUAUCACCAUUUCAGCCAUCACCAUCCAAUGGUACGCACUACCAGUUCGAUUUCGUCCAGGAAUAUUUUCUGUUCCGGUUGCAAGCUGAGUAUAUUGCCAGCUAAAGGCUAUUACACCUGCAAAACCUGCCCUUCCUACCUUCACCAAGUGUGCUACAAUAUGCCAAGGAAAACUCGACAUCCGAGCCACCCCGAUCACCUUUUAACCCUCAAUGUUGUGCCUUUGUCGAGCAACAGAACAUUCGAGUGCAACGCUUGCGGACAUGGUGUCAAUGGGUUCUACUACAACUGUGCAGAUUGUUGCAUUUGCUACCAUAUCUUAUGCUCAGCAUUGCCACUUUCAGUAUCCAUCACUUCCCACCUUCAUACAUUGAAACUAGAAUUUUCAUCUCCUAGUGAUUUGCAAUGUGACAUAUGCAAAAAAUUGGCUUGCUAUAAUGGGUGGCUUUAUAGAUGUCAAAUUUGUGAGUUUGAUGCACAUCUAGCUUGUGCCAUUUCCAAUCACAUAACACAAUCUUUUCGGCAUCCAACCCCACCAUUACCGAACUCUUCGAUGAGAAAGACAAAGCAUUCUUCGGCAUUGCUAAUGGAAACGAAACAAAGAGAAGAUUAUGUCAACGAGGGCACUGAACUGAUGCAAUUGGUAUCUCUGGGUGUCACUAGGAACAUGAGUGACAACACAGUACAAGAAAAUGGUAUUAAAACAGUAGUUGGAUGGGAUGAGAGAUUGCAUAGUCCUAAAAGAAAACUUACAACAGGAAAUGGGCAGGAUGAACACUUUGGAUCAUCAAGUUCCAAACCAGAUAUGGCUAGCAUUUCUCCGAGUCUGCUUUCGUCGGACUUGAGCACCGCGCAGAGUUACCAGUUCAGCGACGGAUGUUUUUCGAUUGACUUGGCAGGAUCUUAUUCAGGUUUAGAUCAUACAAAUCAGGGAAGAAGCGAGUCUAAACAUUCCGAUGCUACAGCUCUCCAAAAAGUUAAAGAAACAAGAGAUGAGAGGAAUAACAUUAUGCUUCAUAGAAUUACAAGCAACUUAGAACCAACAAAACAAGGAACUAUUUAUGUUAAGAAGGAAAGUUUUGAUAGCAGGAUGAGUGAGGCUUUCUUAAACCGAAACUCCACUCAUUCGGAGGAGCAAAGGAAUCGAAAGAAUAUGUCAAAUGAAUCAAGGAACGUGUCUGAAAAUGGAAGAUCAGAGUUUUCAUCCUGGUGGAACCCCUUCCAAUGUUGCUUACCUCAAAAAUAUGAGAGAAGUACUAUAGCUUUCAGUGGUGGAAGAAGUUGA